AUGGCAGGGGAUGUUGCUCAGUUUCUCCAGAAAAAGUUCCUGGCAUCUCUUAGGGACACAGAGUCCGAAUUAUCAGGUGCUGUUCUCAUUUCUUACUUGCGAGCAAUAAAAGAUAUUGUAAUAGAUAUAGAUACGCGAAGACUUAGAGAAGAUUACUGCCGUCUCUUUAUCCAGGUGCUCCUGGACCUCACCGACGCAUUCACCAAGUGCCAGGUCUUCUCACAUGAGUGGAAGAAGCAUAGUCAUCACAAGACUCAUUUAAUCUUCAGCCAUUUGAGUUUGACGAAGAUGUAUUUCGCGCGGAAGAUGAAGAAGCGGCUGGCUGCAAUAAAAGGCAUCUUCGAGGAUGAGUUUAUGAAAAAGGAAGAAAUAAUUUAUGACUUGAGGGAAUCAUCAAGUCGUCCUGAUCCUGAAGAGAAUUUAAUACAUCACCGUCAAAGAUUUGAGGCUGAAGUUGUGGGAUUUGAUGAGGAAUUACGGAAGAUUGGGAACUUUCUUUUAAAAUCAUUGCCGUCGUCAGGUGCUGGAUUUGCGGCAGUUGGGAUAGUGGGUAUGGCAGGCGCAGGUAAGACCACUCUGGUGCGCGAGUUUUUGAGUUGGUGGAUAGUGCAAGGUGAAUUUUCUCCUAUAAUUUGGUUAUGCUUGUCGAAUAUAAUCAAAGAAAAUAAACAAGCAGAAGAAGAAAUUGAGGUCAGCAUUGUGAAACGUAUGCUUAGUAAGUUGGACCAUGAUGCCGUUGUCGAUGGAGAUGGCAUCAUCCAGGAGGAGGAGAAGACAGUAAGUAGUAAUAAUAAGUCUGGUCAUCUCCUUGCUGCUCUCUUGGAAAGGCUCAACCAACAUUUAUCAGAUAAAAGGUAUUUGAUUGUGUUGGAUGAUGUGUGGCACAUGAACGACUUCUACUCGGAUUUAGGACAUAGGCAACAACUACUUCAGGAUCAGGAAGGUGAUAAGAAAGUUGGGAAUCGCUUGUCUCACGGAUUGCCUAAGGGUAGUGGUGGUGCGGUCAUCGUCACUACGUUUGGACCGACAAAGCUGCUGGGAUAUAUUUAA